AUGAGAAAUCAGCUAUUUGCAUUCCUGAUCGUUCUAAUAUUUUCCACCUCUGUAAAUCAGGCAGAGAAGCUUAAGACAAAUGAGAGACGAGCUUCCGGUCUGAUGGCCUACCCAAGGAUCGGUCGAUCCAAUCUGAUGGCCUUCCCGAGGAUCGGUCGAUCCGAUCUGGCAACUUCUAACCUCAAUUUCAACCGCCGCCAUGACAUGGAACCGGAACCGGAUUUUCAGCUUUACAAUUCGGAUUUCGACUCCGCUCCGGAUAAAGAUUACGAAGAUCCGCGCAAUCCAGACCCAGGAUUCCCUGGAAGAUCGAUGAACCUCAAACACACGGACAAAAUUCCAAAGGAAAUAGAACGGCUGAUCCAAGAUCUCUCGCGUUCCAAGGACUAUCGACCAUGGCAGAAGAUCAACGAGGCCAGAUUCCCCUACUCGAAUUCUUUGCUGCUCACUCGAGGUUUGCGAAACAGCCAGCUAAAUGGUUACACACCAAGGUUGGGCCGCGAGAACGAAGUCGAUCGAGAUCUCUGCAAAUGAUCUUCAGACACCAAGUUCGACCAUAUGGAAAUCA